GAAUGUCGUGUAGUGUAUGGGGCGCAUGGAUGUCGUGUAGGAUCGUGCGUGGUGCCCUCAUCAGUCAGUAGAGCGGACUCGGAUCGCGCGGACGCGCGGCGUGUCGGUGCUUGUAGUUUUUUAGUUUGACAGUUGGCGCGUUUUUCGUUUUGGUUCAACUUGGUAUUUCUUGUGGAAAUCAUAGAUUUUAAGUUAGUGUAAUCUGUGUAUUUUCUGUUGAUUCUAAGUGUACGACUAUUCGUUUGUGAAUUUUCCACGCCGGCUGUGAAUUGAGUGGUUGCACGCCCUGUGUACCUACUCUCGUCGUGUUGUGCAGAAAUUUUGUGAUUUCUCUUUUGGAAAUUGUUUUGUGGACGUGCUGCACCUGCUGCCAGGAACGACAUAGUUCGCAGCCUGCAGCAUAAUAGGGAGCCAUACACCGCGGCGGAAAGACGGGUGCGACACGCACUCGUGAGCUAGAGGGUUGUCGGGCGUGGUGCGGGCGGCGGCCGCGAGCCCGGCACCAUGGCUACGGUGGAGGGGCGGCCGGCGCAAUACGGCGUCACCCUACGGCAGCUGCGCGAGCUGAUGGAGUCUCGCGGCGCCGAGGGCAUGGCCAAGAUCAACGCGCUCGGUGGUCCGCAAGAAAUAUGCAAGAAGCUCUACACAUCGCCCACAGAUGGUCUUAGCGGUUCGAAAGCAGACCUGCAGCACAGGCGCGAAGUGUUCGGCUCAAACCUGAUCCCACCAAAGCCCCCCAAGACGUUCCUCACGUUAGUCUGGGAGGCCCUUCAAGACGUGACCCUCAUUAUCCUAGAGGUGGCAGCCGUGGUCUCCUUAGGGUUGAGUUUCUACAAACCGGCAGAUGACCCUUCUGAUGUUGACGAUCCUGCUCAUCUCGACGAAGAGGAAGGUCACUAUCAAUGGAUCGAAGGUCUAGCGAUCUUAAUAUCAGUCAUAGUCGUCGUUAUAGUUACUGCAUUCAACGAUUAUACGAAAGAAAGGCAAUUCAGAGGGCUCCAGUCUCGGAUAGAAGGCGAGCACAAGUUCGCAGUAAUCCGGGGCAGCGAGGUGAAGCAGGUGCCUAUAAGCGAGAUCGUCUGUGGAGACAUAUGUCAGAUCAAGUAUGGUGACCUGCUGCCCGCUGAUGGUAUACUGCUGCAGAGCAAUGACUUGAAGGUGGAUGAAUCCUCGCUGACUGGCGAAUCGGACCAUGUCAAAAAGGGUGAAUCGUUUGAUCCAAUGGUGCUAUCCGGUACACACGUUAUGGAAGGUUCCGGCAAAAUGCUAGUAACAGCGGUCGGCGUGAACUCCCAAGCUGGUAUCAUUUUCACUCUCCUCGGCGCCGCCGUCGACAAGCAAGAGAAGGAAAUCAAGCAGAUGAAGAAAGAAGCUAAAAAGCAGCAACGCAAGUCUACGCAACGCAAGAGCUUGACCGGUGACGAGGACGCCACGCUCCCAGCGUCGGGCAACAGCCACGGCAACCAUGCGCGGCCUGACGACAACCACGUGCCCGCGGCGACCAGCGACAAGCCGCCCGCCGAGACCAGCCAUAAGAAGGAAAAGUCGGUGCUGCAGGCUAAGCUUACUAAGUUGGCUAUACAAAUCGGUUACGCGGGCUCAACAAUCGCUGUUCUUACCGUCAUCAUCCUGGUCAUCAACUUCUGCGUGCACACCUUCGUGAUCGAGCAGAAACCGUGGAAGGCCACCUACAUCAACAACCUGGUGAAGCAUCUCAUCAUCGGUGUCACCGUGCUGGUGGUGGCUGUUCCUGAAGGGUUGCCCCUCGCUGUUACGCUGUCGCUUGCUUAUUCUGUCAAGAAAAUGAUGAAAGACAACAACUUAGUCCGUCACUUGGACGCAUGCGAGACAAUGGGUAACGCCACCGCCAUCUGCUCCGACAAGACCGGCACCCUCACCACCAACCGCAUGACAGUGGUGCAGUCCUACAUCUGCGAGAAGCUCUGCAAGGUCACCCCUAACUAUAGGGAUAUACCCCAGGAGGUUGCGGAGACCAUGGUCGAGGGGAUCUCUGUUAAUGCUGCCUUUACGUCUAGGAUUAUGCCAAGCCUGGACCCCACGGGUCCCCCGAUGCAAGUAGGCAACAAGACGGAGUGCGCCCUGCUGGGCUUCGUGGUGAACCUGGGGCAGAGCUACGAGGCCGUGCGCGAGCGCCACCCCGAGGAGUCCUUCACGCGCGUCUACACCUUCAACUCCGUGCGCAAGAGCAUGUCCACCGUCAUCCCGUACAAGGGCGGCUACCGGCUCUACACUAAGGGAGCUUCCGAGAUUGUACUCAAGAAAUGCGCAUUUAUCUACGGUCACGAGGGCCGGCUGGAGAAGUUCACGCGCGACAUGCAGGAGCGGCUGGUGCGGCAGGUCAUCGAGCCCAUGGCCUGCGACGGCCUGCGCACCAUCUCCGUCGCCUACCGGGACUUCGUGCCCGGCAAGGCUGAAAUUAACCAGGUGCAUAUAGACCAAGAGCCCAACUGGGACGAUGAAGACAAUAUCGUGAACAACUUGACGUGCCUCUGCGUUGUCGGCAUUGAAGAUCCUGUCAGACCAGAAGUACCGGAAGCCAUAAGGAAAUGCCAGAAAGCCGGCAUCACGGUUCGCAUGGUGACCGGAGACAACGUGAACACGGCUCGCUCCAUCGCCAUCAAGUGCGGCAUCCUCAAGCCGACCGACGACUUCCUCAUAUUGGAGGGCAAGGAGUUCAAUAAGAGGAUCCGGGAUACUAAUGGAGAGGUACAACAGCAUCUACUAGACAAAGUAUGGCCGAAACUCCGCGUGUUGGCCCGUUCGUCGCCCACAGACAAAUACACGCUCGUCAAAGGCAUGAUAGAAUCCAAGGCAUUUGAUACCCGUGAGGUGGUCGCUGUGACUGGAGACGGAACUAAUGAUGGACCCGCUUUGAAGAAAGCUGAUGUUGGAUUUGCUAUGGGUAUCGCGGGUACGGACGUAGCGAAAGAAGCUUCGGACAUCAUCCUAACGGACGACAACUUCUCUUCAAUCGUCAAAGCUGUGAUGUGGGGCCGUAACGUGUACGACUCCAUCGCCAAGUUCCUGCAGUUCCAGCUGACUGUCAACGUGGUGGCCGUCAUUGUGGCAUUCAUCGGAGCCUGUGCUAUACAGGACAGUCCUCUUAAGGCGGUACAAAUGUUAUGGGUGAACUUGAUAAUGGACACACUGGCGUCUUUGGCGCUGGCCACGGAGAUGCCAACACCAGACCUGCUGCAGCGCAAACCCUACGGCCGCACCAAGCCGCUGAUCAGCCGCACCAUGAUGAAGAACAUCCUCGGACAGGCCAUUUACCAGCUGUUUAUUAUAUUCUCGCUGUUGUUUGUUGGCGACAGACUGCUAAACAUCCCAUCAGGGCGCGGCCAGGCCCUCGGCUCUGAACCGACCCAGCACUUCACCAUCAUCUUCAACACCUUCGUCAUGAUGACCCUGUUCAAUGAGAUCAACGCCCGCAAGAUACACGGCCAGAGGAAUGUGUUCCAAGGACUGUUUACCAACCCUAUCUUCUACUCUAUAUGGAUCGGGACGGCGGCUUCGCAGGUGAUUAUCAUCCAGUUCGGUGGCAUGGCGUUCAGCACGGCGGGACUAUCGAUAGACCAGUGGCUGUGGUGCUUGUUCCUCGGGGCGGGCACCCUCGUGUGGGGACAGCUCGUCACCACCGUGCCCACGCGCAAGAUACCCAAGAGACUGUCAUGGGGCCGAGGCCAACCGGAUCCCGAGACGAUCCAGCCGGGCCCCGACUACGACGCGGACCUGGACAAGAAGCCCCGCGCCGGCCAGAUCCUCUGGAUCCGAGGCCUCACGCGCUUGCAGACGCAGCUGCGCGUGGUGCGCGCCUUCAAGUCCACGCUGGAGGACCUGGAGGAGCGGCUGUCGGCGCACUCGGCGGCCGGCCUGCGCUCGCGCCUGCGCGGCUACGACGUGCCCUACAUCGACGCCGACGACGUGCCGCCCGCCGCGCGCACCGAGACCACCAUAUUCUAGCCGCCACCGACCGACACCACCACUUCCGACCUUUUAUUUUUAUUGUAUGCAAGUUUUCGUUGUUCCCGGCGGCCCGGCCGCCCUCGUACUUAACGCCGCAAUCUCCCGCGUAAUCUCGACGCUUUCGCCGCGCCCCUAUCUCGUUUCUGUCUCGAUCGUGUUUACGCUUUAACGAUUAAUCGACUCUUAAUUAUAGUACGUUAAGAAUUUUUAUUAAGUGUUGAAAUUUUUUAGUACUAGGUAGUUGAUAGAGCAAUAAACUACUAGACGAUGUUAGCGGCCCGAUGGUAGGCUCCUACACCGAAUUGUGCCUGUUGCUGCGCCGCCCGUGCGCGAGCGCGUUAUGUACAUUCAAAUCAUAUUUGUAACCUGUUGAUGAUGUUAACGUUUCAAUAGAGUGUUUGCAUAUUUUAAUAGUUGACGAGUGAGCAUAUCUUAGUGUCGGGACCCCUAUUUCUUAUACGUAGGUUAUACGACUCCUUCUUCCGGUCAUUAUAAAUAAACACUGCUAUUUUAGAGAUGAACAUAUUUGUACAUAAGUUAGUGAAUUUCAAAAAGUCUUUUUAUGAAUAUCGGAGCAUUGAUAUUUUGUAUAGGUAGCUAUAUGAAACUUAAAUCUAAAUUAUGAAACUCCAAUUUAAAUUGUAAACUUUUUAAUAUUCCUUGAACUUCGAAAUUUUACGAAAAAAUUUAAAAGAUUUAAAAAAACUUUUUAAAGUUUUCAACUUCGUCACUUACUUAGCUUUUUGUGUAAGUAGUUUGUUACGAGAAAAUAUUAUUAUUAUUAUGAGAUAUUGAGGGUACUUGGCAGCUUGUGUGUUUUCUUUCAUAGUAAAUUUUGGGACCACUUUUAACCCCUUCUAUCUUUGAGAUCUAUAUCUUCAUUAAGUAUAAUUAUAUAUUAUAUUGGUUAUGAGACGGUAAUUUGUCUAUAAAAAAAUCAAAUAUAAUUAAUCAAAACUUACAUAGAUUUUAUGUAUACGCCUAAAGUUUAGUAUGAAUAAGACACUUCACGCUUACAAAAGAGAACCGAAAAAGCUCUAACAAAAGUGUAUCUUUAAUGAAUUGGUUUUUGCGAGAAAUGUUACGAGAAAUAUUUACAUUAAAAAAAAAUAAACUGUAAGCAAAUUCCAUAGCAUUUUUUUUCGCCUGUCAUGUUCUGAUGGGGGUGGCCAUUUAGCCCAUACGCUCUAUUUCAGAUGUUGACGGUAAGUUUAGGUCUGACGGCUAGGGAGCGUACCGUUGUAAGUAUUCACGACGGAUGUGUAGGUACUCGUUGAACAUUCAUUUGAGUAGAGCAUGGACCCGUGGUGUCUGCACUUGGCUGACCAGCGACUUCCAACCCCGGCUUCAUUGAAUACUAUCAAUUGUAAUCCCUGUUGGCAACAAUACUAUCAACUACAGUAUUGAAACGCGAAGCAUAAUCAUAUUUUUAGUUACUUGUAGUACAUAAGCAUACUAUCAUUGUUUUAAUUUUUUAAUACAGUACAUGUUGUAUUUUUGCUAAUAAUUACUUUUGACACAAGACCAACAGCUUUAGUCCCAGUUACAAAUGAAUAACAAUUGCAUAUAAUUCAAUAAGCCGAUACGUACACCAAUAAAGGUGAGACCGCUGGCGGCCAUCUUGUGACGUCACGUCGACAAUAUGGCCGCCGCGACUAGAUUGUAAGUUCUGAGCAUUAUAAUGGAGCAAAUGUAUAUUAUUUUGGUACAAAAUGUUGUUUCUUUUAAUUGUUUUUAAUUUUUAAUUAUUUUUGCUUCGCAUUUACAGUGUGAUCAUGCUUAUAUUACAGUGUUAUGCAUGUAUACUGAUGUCUGUGAGUAUUGCACAAUUUGUAUUUUAUUUCUUUUAUUAUUAUUGUAAGUAGAUGUUUGUUAAGAGUUUCUGAUAAUAUACAUUAAUUACGAAUAACCUUUUAUAUUGUCAGACUCUCGAAAAGGUUUUAUAUCCGAAUUUUUCAUUUUUUUUAUUACUGUAACAAUCCAGCAUUUAAUAUAAAAUGGUUUUAUAUACAACCACGAUAACUUACAACUCUAACACUGUAGUUGUUAAGCUGAUAAAAUAUUUACAUGAAAAUUAAAUGAACGCAUAAAUUAAUAUUAUCUCCACUAUUACACCAAAUUAUUAAACUUAAGUCUUAUAUAAAAUAAUAAUUAAAACAAAACGGCUUUUACAUUAUCCACUUAAUUUUUUUUUUAUUAACUCGGUUGUGUAUGUACUUAUGUAAUAAGUUGAUUUUCGUUUUCUUUAUUUAUUUUGAGUUUUACUGUAACAAUACGUUUAAUUGUUAAAUAAUACAUACUUAACCGGCACUAUAAACCACUAUAGUAAAUAAAAACUCAUUAUAAUAAAAGUAUUUAUUUGACAAA